AUGAAGGCAGAUCCACACUCCUCCAGACAGUGUCCACUUCUUCUAGCUGGAAUGCUGAGCCUUGCUCUGAUUGUGGUGUCGUAUGGGUUUCCUCUUCAGUCGUUAAAACACUCCCACCAUGCUACUAUCGGUAGAAGGAUACACAGCAAUCAUAAUAUUCCUGUCCACAAGAACAACCACAAGAACAAGAGGCAUCACUUUUCCACUCCCACACCCACGCAACUGGACAUGGUCUUUACCAUUUCUCCCGAUUCCAAAGAACUGGAACACUUGUCUACCGUCGACAUGCUGGACCAGAUCUUGGACGAGUGUCUACGAACCAGUGCCCGAAGACCCAUCAUGGUUCAGUUUAACCCAUCUUCCAAGUUCAUUUGGAGACAAUGGAAGGGGACCGUCUUUGCCGAAACAUGGAAAUCAGGCGCCCGACAUGUCGUCUGGGCCGUAUUUGUCUACUUUUUGUUUUGGCGGUAUCCGCAAAUCAAACAGCUAUUUUCGGGAUUUCAUAUUCUAUGGGGACAAUUGCUGUCCGUGACUACCUUCACAUUGACCUUCUUUGUCAAUGAAUCCUAUUCUGUCUGGAGAACCAGCUUGACACGGUGUCGCAUGCUACAAGGACGCCUCAAUGAUUUAGUCAUGGCAUUGGCAGGGUUUGCACGCCGAAUCGAUCACGAUGGGUCCUCACAAUUCACACCCUCCAGUCGCAACGUAUUAACGGUAGUGGGAAGAUACAUUCGAUUAUUUAAUAUUCUCAGCUACGCCAGUUUGACCAGACGACUGCGACCAUUAUUGACACCCCAAGGCAUGCGACGGAUGCAAAAUAGAGGUCUCUUGACGUCCAAGGAACGAAACGUCUUGAAACAAACCACGGCGGUUCCCGCCACCCAAAAACACAAUGCGGUCUUGCUGUGGAUACUGCGAUUGGUCAUUGAUGCACGCAAGGCGGGACACAUCGAUGGUGGAUUUGGAUUUGAACAGCAGCUCAUGGGGAAGAUUCAAGAAAUACGACAACAAGCCAAUUCCAUGGAGAGUGUGUUACGGGGGAGACUGCCAUUUGCCUACGCGCACAUUGUACAAGUGCUGGUGGAUCUCAUUUUGUGGAUGUAUCCUCUCAUGGCAUUUAGUAGUGGCAUGGACAUGUCCUUUCAUUUAGGAUUGUGUGGAUCCAUGAUGUUGGCGUGUUCCUACCAAGGACUCUUUGAUCUAGCCAAGCAAUUUUUGGAUCCUUUCCACAAUGAAAACUUUUGGAAGGGAGAAGAUGCACUGGUGGUGGAAACACUAGUGGCAGAAACCAAUGCUGGUUCCACACGCUGGAUGUACUCUUUGGAUGAAAUGCCCAUUUCAUACAACACGAUCCGGUCGGGACAACUUGAAGACUAUAUCCUACCCGAUGAAGGCUUCUCCAAAGAAGAUGCCGAUGUGGCCAGCGAAGAACGGAAAGAACAGAAACGUCUCGAUCGAGAAAAACGAAAACAGUUGGCUCUGGAAAAGUCCAUGAUAUCAGAAAAGUCCCCGCAACAAAUCUAUGCCGAAGUAGUGGCUGAAGACUUGGUGGCGGUUCAGGAGGAAUUCGAAUCCACAAAAUUGAUCUUGGAAGCGCCUCCCGGAUCUGAUUUUGUUCCUGGGUUGGACGAUAAGAAUGCGACCCUGCCGGUGAUCUAUGAUCCCAAGCUCGAAGAAUCCACGACAUCUGGUGGCAGCAACUAUAGCAACAGCAACAACAUGCCUAUUGAAAAUGUGGAGGAAUGCAUCCCGGCCGAGUGCUUGGAAGUUUUCAUUCACUCGGCAGAGAAAAAGUUGGAAGAAACCAAGGAGAAGAUUGAGAUGGUUGGAAUGCUACACAAUUCGACACAUGCAGCAAUUACACUUCGACGAUGUCAUCAAAGGAACAGAUCUUCCUGUGGCAUCCUGCAAACGACAUGGGGACACUACACUUCAGCUCCCGAGCAAAUCUCUCAUUUUGCUUAG